AUGACACCGCCGCGGAGCUGUCAAAAGGCUGAGACAGGUGUUCACUCACUCUUGUGUGGGCGGCAGCAGCUCGUGUGCAUUGUCUGCAAGAACAAUCAUCUCACUGAGCAAAUCUACUUUCUCCUCGACCCCACAUCCGUCGAACACAUGGCGACGCCAGCAUCUGCAUCCGGCGGGGGCGCAAACACUGACUCAGGUACAGCCGCCGUGGUUCCCAAGAUCGUGUCCCUGUUCGAGCAUCUCCCAUCUCCCAUCCUCCAAGACUUUGUGCGGGGAAAUCGGGUCAACCUGAUCAGCCCCCCGCCCGGGCUCACCUUCUCUGAACUGCACGAGUGGUUCCUCACACACCUACCUGGAGCAGAUGCCGCCAUCACGUGGCCGGUAGCAGGGCGUUUCGGUGCAGAGCAGAUUGCCGCGGCGGGCGAUCGGCUCAAAGUGGUCUCGACGUACAGCGUCGGCACCGACGCAGUCGAUCGAGCUGCCUGUCACGAUGCGGGGAUACGAGUCGGCUAUACACCGUAUAUCGGAGACGACUCGAUCGCCGAAUACACCAUCGCGAUGCUGCUCCAUUACUGCCGUCGCAUCGAUCACCUGCUGUCGCUGGUGAUGGAGGGCAAGUUUGCGGCAUCGCUGCGAGACGUGUUGCGUGAUCCGACCAUGCAUUGUGGAUUUAGUCCGGCGGGCAAAACGGUCGGGUUUUAUGGUUUCGGGAGAAUCGCUCAGAAGACAGCGGAAAAGUUGCUCAGUUUCGACGUCAAAAAGAUCGCAUAUACCACCUCGAGAAGCAAGCCCUUCGCAGCGGAAUCGUUUCCACGUCUUCACUCGCUGCGGGAAAGCUUUUACCCUCAGACACAAAUCGUCAACGAACCAGAUCUGCUCCAAUUGGCAGCACAGUCGGACAUCUUGAUCGUGCUGUGCCCAGGGAACGCCUCGACGAACGCAACGAUCAACUCGACCGUUUUCGACAGGAUGAAGUCCACAGCCGUAUUGAUCAACGUUGCACGAGGCACAGUCGUCGUCAAUGAGGAUCUAGAAAAAGCAUUAAGGGAGAACAAGAUCGCAGCGGCACUGCUGGAUGUCAUUCAGGGCGAGCCGAACGUCGAUUCCAGUCAUCCUUUGCUGGCUGAAGACCUCAGAGAUAGGGUCAUGAUCUUGCCUCACACAGCAUCGACCGUGGUCGACACAAGAAAGAUGAUGGCCGAUGUGACGGCGAGGAACAUUCUUGUGUCAUUAGGAUUCGACAACGACCUACUGGGGGAUAAGGCGACCUUGAUAGAGCAACGUGCUUGGACACACUUUGCCGAAUAG